UGUAAGUGUAACCUCCAUGCUGGCCAGUGCACCUUUCGGGAGGGCAGCCUGCAGUGUGACUGUGAACACAAUACGACGGGCCAAGACUGCACUCGCUGUGAGAGGGGCUUCAAAACCAAGUCAUGGAAACCUGGAUCGUACCUACCCACCCCCAACGGAUCCCCCAAUACCUGUACGUAACCUUCAAUAUAGCUACUAGGAAUUAACAUGGGUAACCGGGAUCCCAGGACUGUCUUGUGAACACUCUUCACAUUUCCUGAAAAAAUUGAAUGACAAGACCCGGGAAAUUACAACAUUUUCCCCCAAUAUCGGCACUAAUGCAGGCCAUACACAACAUGCGCAGCAUCAGAUUAGCAAAAACAUUUAUAGCACAUUAUCCAAACAGGUUGUCGCAUGGAAGCCUUUAACCUAGCGGAUUUACUUCAAGUCGCCAUAAAUUCAAAGCACACGCACAAUUGACACUGCCGGACUGCACGCGAGACCCGAAUGCAGUUAAUAAACCUUACAGGAAACCCAUACAGUAGGCUUAUAGCCUAUAAAAGAAUGUGUGCCUUUAAUAGUAUUGUGAAUCUUCUGACAGUCACAAACUUGAUAGGCCUAUGCACAAUUCACUACAUAGGCAUCUCUGUCACAGACAUUAAGUUUGUUAACAGUUCAGAGAGGCAUGAGGGAAAAUUCUAUCUUCUCCUAUCCUAGAGCCUAGGCUAUUUUUCUAUCCAGUCCCAAUCCCACUGAAACCCAAAAUCCUGACUCCUGUUGUGCAUUAAAAUGCGCUGGGAAUCUAAGAUAGUUACUCUAUCAUUAGGAAAUAUCAGAUUCAUUUGCUCUGAAGUCUUUACAUAGUGGCACAGCCAAGCCGUCAAGGUGGCGCAGCGCCCCUCUUAUUUGGGGAGAACCCUGGCAUAGUAACCAUAUCUUGAUUUUAAACGCUUUAAAUUGGCUCUUCUGAUUUUUACGGUAUUUCCCGGGACUCUCGAGAUAGAUAUGAAUUAUUCCCGGUAUCGAAACAUGGUAGAUUUUCGGGGAAAUAUUAAUCCCUAAUAGCUACUGUAUACUCAAACAUGAUACCAUCCAUACCAUCCGUACCAUACUGUAUCAUCCAUACUAUACCAGGCACAUACUUGAUGGAUUAAGUAAUGGUUGAAGAAUAAUUUGGGUCAUCUGCUCUACACAGCCACAGAGAGGAGCAGCUGAAGCUGUCACAUUUCAAAGGAGAGAUGUACACAUAUACAUAUUCAGAAGCACCCAAUGCUAUACUCGCAAACUACAGAGGGAAUGGGGGCCUGCUGCUUCCAAUGGCAGAUGUGGCGGCUGAUGUACUACAUUAAGCAUUGAAAAGCCUCCAGCUCUCUUUUCUUAGAUGUAUUUACAAAAACACUGUAAUUCUCAAGUUCACUCUCUCUCUCUCUCUCUCUCUCUCUCUCCUCUCUCUCCCCUCUCAUCUCUCUCUCUCUAUUCUCUCUCGCUAUCUCUCUAUCGCUCUCUCUCGCGCUCUCGCUAUCUCUCUUCCGCUUUCUCUCUCUUCUCUCGAGAGAGAGAUAGAGCGGAGAUCGAGAGCGAGUAUUCGCGCUCUCGGCGAGAGGUCAUCGCUCAGAGCUCUCUUCUCGCUCGUCGAGAGAGCGCUCUCGCGCUCUCUCUGCUCUCUCUCAUAUCUACGCUCUUUUCCUCUCUCUCUCUCUCUCUCUCUCUCUCUCUCUCCUCUAUCUCUCUCUACUCUCUCUCUCUAGCUCUCCUCUCUCCUCUCAGGUGAGGCUGCUGGGACUCAUUGGCAGUAAGUCAACGUCCUAAAUCAAAACGGUGGGGCUAUGCUAUACUUUCUUUUUCAUUCUCUGGUUGCCAUAUGCUAUCAUUCUUUUGUCUUAUUUAUAGCACAUUAUCUUAUAUCAUUUGUCCUUCCCCUCUGGUGUUGUGGUGGGUCCCUUCAUUCUAAUCACAAUGAUCACACUCACAAAUGACAUUUCCCCACAGUUGUAUUUCCUUUACUGCCGGUCUAUAAUUCAAAAGUGGGGAGGGGAUUUAAAGUGUGUAGAUGAGGGCUAGCCCAAGGACAUGAUGUGAGAGGGGCUGUGAAUGUAUAUACUAGAGUCCCUCAUGGGGAUUCUUUGCAGACCUAUAGGAGAUACUGUACUGCUGCAGCUGUGGUGAAGUAACCAUCUUGUUGAUUUGGGAGAUGACCAAAGGAUGAUUUGAUGGUAUAUCCAUGAUCAGGAUAUUCCCAUGUUAGUGCAUCUGAUAUCAUUUGACUGUUUUUCUCUACCUUCUUGGUGUGGUGCACUCUCAGUACCCACAACAGUCCAGACCCUGCCAACAACCACACCUGCAUUGGUGACUACAACCAAGACACCCACAGACCAACUGCCCACAAUUACUACUAUUAUGGCAGGUGGGAAAGCAACUACAGUUGUAGUUUCUGACAGCCAGGCAGUGCCUGAAAUGGCAGCCUAUUCCCUAUUCCCUAUACACAGUAUAUUGCCUAUAUAGUGCAAUAUUACAGAGCCCUAUGGGCCCUGGUCAAAAGUAGUGCACUAUAUGGAAUAAGGUGCAAUCAGACGCAGCCAUAGUCUGAGGGCUCAUCAAGCUCCUGCUUCCUAUUGACUUUUAAACCAGAGUACACUUACUAAAGCAGCACAUACAGUGGAAUGUGUCCCUGUUGCAUUCCUGAUUACCAGGAAAUGUGUAGUCCUGCAAAUCUGAAAGGGAAGGCAAGGCUAUAAUGUUGAUGAAGCACAAAGGCAAAGGAAGAGAGGAGUUGAUGAAUCUUUGUCUCAGUGAGCUUAGUCAUUUAGCAUGUAGUAAAGUGUCUGGUUGAGUAUGAGUGUUGAAUAGCUCACUCACUUUUACCAGCCCCCCUACAGUAGUUUGUGAUGCAUAGCAUGCUAGAAAGAAUAUAACAUAUCUGCAUUUGUGUUAUCAGAGAAGUAGCAAUAUUGUUUGUUGUAGUAAACAGUUGCUUCCCGUGUGUGUUUGUGUGUGCGUGCGCACACACAUCCAUUUGUGUGUGUAUGCAUUCAUUUCUGAGAGAGGGAGAGAGAGAGGAGAGAGAGACGAGGGAGGAGAGGGGGGAGAGAGGAGAGGAGGAGAGGAGAGGAGACGAGAGAGAGACUUCCCUUUGGGAGAGAAGAGAGAGAGAGAGAGAGCGAGAGAGAGAGAGAGAGGACGAGAGCACGGGAGGAGAGAGAGGGAGGAGGGGAGAGGAGAGAGGAGAGAGAGAGAGAGAGAGAGAGAGAGAGAGAGAGAGAGAGAGAGAGAGAGAGAGAGAGAGAGAGAGAGAGAGAGAGAGAGACUCACUGAAAUGAAGGAUACAUUCACCCAGCUGGAGGUAAGGCAGAGUGUGUCUUUUUGGCAACUGGGUUGUACUUUCACUAGAUAUCCUUAACUUAUAAUACUUCCAUAGAAUCUCCCAUAAUGUCAGGCUAGACAGAGAGUCUCCCAUGGCCCAGUGAUAUCUGACCUGUGUGUGGCUUAGCAGAGUGGAACCACCUAAUGGCUCUGUCUCUACUGCUGUGAAGUGACACACUCCCAUAGGCUCUGUGAGUGUGUGUUCCCUGUCAGUAGUGACUUCAAAACCUCCGUAGUAACAAAUGUCAUUUUCAAAUGCAAAUACAGUGCCUUCAGAAAGUAUCACACCCCUUGACCUUUUCCACAUUUUGUUGUGUUACAGCCUGAAUUUAAAAUGGAUUAAAUUAGAGAUUUUGUGUCACUGGCCUACACACAAUACCCCAUAAAGUCAAAAGUGGAAUUAUAUUUUUAGACAUUUUUACAAAUUAAUUAAAAAUAUAAGCUGAAAUGUCUCGAGUCAAUAAGUAUUCAACCACUUUGUUAUGACAAGCCAAAAUAAGUUCAGGAGUAAACAUUUGCUUAAGAAGUCACAUAAGUUGCAUGGACUCACUUUGUGUGCAAUAUUAGUGUUUAACAUGAUUUUUGCAUGACUACCUCAUCUCUUAUUUUUCUCUUUUGUUUUGUUAUAAGAUUUUACUUAUGAUUUUUUUUUUAAAUAAAUAUACACAUGCAAACGACAACAUACCAAAUGCACAGAAACAUCCACAACAUCACCCCAGCCCCACCUGCUCACACCCCCAUCUCCAGCACCCAUAUUACUCUCCACCACAUGGCCUCAAACUUUACCAUUCUGUUUCUCUUACCUUUACAUUUUAAUGCGAAUCUUCCUCGAUACUUCCGCGAUACGGAUUGAAUCCAGCUCUUAGUUUGUAGAGUGCACUUAAAUCUAAGGACCAUCCCCACAGAAACAGCUUAGGACAGGAUACUGUGAAGUCAUCUACUCUACAUAGUGAAAGUGAUACACUGUUGUCCACAGUGGAGCACAACAGGGCCGGUUGUCCAUUUAGCUUCCACUGAGAUGGGUCUUUAUAACGCCAUGGGCUCAUAGUUACCGUUUUAGUCUGAGAUGACCUGGCCUAUGCUUAAAAUGUUCAUGAUAGCUUGAACUAUUGAAAUUUGUAAUUUUUUCGUUUCAUCAUUGGAAACCUAUAGACACGUCACUAGCCAUUUGUUCUGAUGAAUUAUGGAAUACACUCAACAUCACUAUGUAAGAGGAAAGGUCAUCCAUGUUUCUUUACGAGCGCCUUCUUCUGAUACCUUUCUCUGCGGUGUCACAAGUAUCAGAGGGAGAUUUGAGAACAGUCAUCUACUGAGAACACAGUUAUGAAUGUGCUCAACAUUGAUGGGACAAUAGGGGCUUCUAGGCAACGUACACUUAAGGUGCUUUGCAGUAAAAAAAAAUGAAGGGUUCCAUAUUUAUUCAGCAUGACUUGUUCUUUAGACAAUUCUCACUCACCUACUUGUUUAUCAAAAUGGUUGUCCAAAGUACAAAGGCAGCCUUUUCUCAACCUGGAGGGCUGAUCUUUUUCAUUUUUUUUAUUUUUUCAUUUUACAAGGCAGGUCAAUUAAGAACAAAUUCACGAAAAGUUUAGACUUUUAGAUUAUAAUGAAUAUGGUUAUGAACAGGCAAUGAUUAUUACCUACCAAUGUCCACCCCAAGGCUUCUCUGGGUUGCAUACACACGCACGCAUACACGCACACACACGCACACACACACACACACACACACCAGUGUAAUUCCACCAUCAAGCUGUCUUUCAGGGAACAGAUCUUCUCUGGGAAACCUUCUCUGAACUGGUUGGCCAUUGUGGCAGAUGGUAAAAGGGGGAGAGGGGAGGGGUUAGUGGAAAGAUGUACAUGUCCCAACCUACGAAACGUAAUGUUACCCUACAGCUGCAGGACAUCGUGACUUGCCUCAGUGCCCACCUCUGCUCCACAUACACUACCGGUCAAAAGUUUUAGAACACCUACUCAGUCAAGGGUUUUUCUUUAUUUGUACUAUUUUCUACAUUGUUGAAUAAUAGUGAAGACAUCAAAACUAUGAAAUAACACAUAUGGAAUCAUGAAGUAACCAAAAACAUGUUAAACAAAUCAAAAUAUAUUUUAUAUUUGAGAUUCUUCAAAUAGCCACUCUUUGCCUUGAUGACAGCUUUGCACACUCUUGGCAUUCUCUCAACCAGCUUCACCUGGAAUGCUUUUCAAACAGUCUUGAAGGAGUUCCCACAUAUGCUGAGCACUUGUUGGCUGCUUUUCCUUCACUCUGCGGUCCGACUCAUCCCAAACCAUCUCAAUUUGGUUGAGGUCGGGGGAUUGUGGAGGCCAGGUCGUCUGAUGCAGCACUCCAUCACUAUCCUUCUUGGUAAAAUAGCCCUUACACAGCCUGGAGGUGUGUUGAGUCAUUGUCCUGUUGAAAAACAAAUGAUAGUCCCACUAAGCCCAAACCAGAUGGGAUGGCGUAUCGCUGCAGAAUGCUGUGGUAGCCAUGCUGGUUAAGUGUGCCUUGAAUUCUAAAUAAAUCACAAACAGUGUCACCAGCAAAGCACCCCCACACCAUAACACCUCCUCCUCCAUGCUUUACGGUGGGAAAUACACAUGCAGAGAUCAUCCGUUCAUCCACACCGCAUCUCACAAAGACAUGGCGGUUGGAACCAAAAAUCUCCAAUCCAGACCAAAGGACACAUUUCUACCUGUCUAAUGUCCAUUGCUCGUGUUUCUUGGCCCAAGCAAGUCUCUUCUUCUUAUUGGUGUCCUUUUGGUAGUUGUUUUUUUGCAGCAAGUCGACCAUGAAGGCCUGAAUUACACAGUCACCUUUGAACAGUUGAUGUUGAGAUGUGUCUGUUACUUGAACUCUGUGAAGCAUUUAUUUGGGCUGCAAUUUCUGAGGCUGGUAACUCUAAUGAACUUAGCCUUUGCAGCAGAGGUAACUCUGGGUUUUCCAUUCCUGUGGCGGUCCUCAUGAGAGCCAGUUUCAUCAUAGCGCUUGAUGGUUUUUGCGACUGCACUUGAAGAAACGUUCAAAGUUCUUGAAAUGUUCCGUAUUGACUGACCUUCAUGUCUUAAAGUAAUGUUGGACUGUCGUUUCUCUUUGCUUAUUUGAGCUGUUCUUGCCAUAAUAUGGACUUGGUCUUUUACCAAAUAGAGCUAUCUUCUGUAUACCCCCCGACCUUGUCAUAACACGACUGAUUGGCUCAAACACAUUAAGAAAGAAAGAAAUUCCACAAAUUAACUUUUAAAAAGGCACAUCUGUUAAUUGAAAUGCAUUCCAUGUGACUACCUCAUGAAGCUGGUUGAGAGAAUGCCAAGAGUGUGCAAAGCUGUCAUCAAGGCAAAGGGUUGCUAUUUGAAGAAUCUCAAAUAUAAAAUAUAUUGAACACUUUUUUGGUUACUACAUGAUUUCAUAUGUGUUAUUUCAUAGUUUUGAUGUCUUCACUAUUAUUCUACAAUGUAGAAAAUAGUAAAAAUAAAGAAAAACCCUUGAAUGAGUAGGUGUUCUAAAACUUUUGACCGGUAGUGUACAUGUGGGUCCCAUGUAGCCCAGAUAGUUUACCCAAGGUAAAUCCACCUCCAGCACUCAUAUGGUUUCAACAUGGCCAUUUGUUACUAAUACCGCACCCUGACAAAGCCAUGAUGUUCCUUCUGGCACAAACAUUCAGAUAUGUAAAUGCAGAUAAUAAGAAAGUGGAACAUGACCAACUUCAAUUCCCCACAUUGAUGCCACAAAGAUAUGCACCAGCAAGUGUGCCAAAGUACAUGCAUAAGCAGGUUAUAUGUGGUACCCAGCGUGUAAAAACCUGUUCCGGCUGAUAAUAGGGUCUCUUUUUAUGCAAAGAUUGAAUUAGGAGUUUGUCCUUUUGGCCAUGCGCUAAUUAUCAACCACUGGGGAGGGAUGCAGCAUUAAAUGAAUAAAACAUCAGCAUGCCAGACAGCAGGAAAGCUCCCACUGUUCCAAGUGCACCCCACUGAAUCCCAAUGCACCCAUCUACAGGAGGAGGCAGAGUCGCUCACUACAGGGAGACUCCACACUUAAUGCAUGUUGCUGCAUAAUAUUAGUAUGAUUUAAAUAUUGGGCAUACGGGAGAAUGAAAACAUGAUUUGGUUAUAUGGCAAGAGCAAAGAAACCCGUAUUGUGUGUGUGUGUGUGUGUGUGUGUAGGCGUGUUUACAAGUGCACGUGCGUGUGUGUUUAUGUGUGUGUACAUGCUUUUCUGUGUGCCUGUAUUUCUGUCUCUCAGCCUUUAGUACCUUUAGUUAGAGGCCUAGCAUUCAUUGUUAGAAUACUUCAAAACGUCAGACCCUAACGAGAUACUGUAUGACCCCGAUUAUCUUCUGUGCCAAAUAGACAUCACCACCUUCACUGACAUAGUGACAGCUGUGGUGGGUCCCACAUCCAGCACACAGCUCAGUGACUCCCUCACUGACACACCAGGUGGGAAACUAGUGAGAUGAAUACUAGGCAUUAGGCAUUUGAUAGUAGGUAACCUAGUAGUAUGUGUAAAGUCUGAUCACCUCAAACUGUAUAUGAAUGCAAAGUAUUUUAGUCUGGGUACUUUUAGUACCCACACUUAGAUUAGUCUCAGUGGAUUUGUAGAAUAGAUUUUGUAGAAAAGACUGUAUAUACAGUGGGGGAAAAAAGUAUUUAGUCAGCCACCAAUUGUGCAAGUUCUCCCACUUAAAAAGAUGAGAGAGGCCUGUAAUUUUCAUCAUAGGUACACGUCAACUAUGACAGACAAAAUGAGGAAAAAAAUCCAGAAAAUCACAUUGUAGGAUUUUUUAUGAAUUUAUUUGCAAAUUAUGGUGGAAAAUAAGUAUUUGGUCAAUAACAAAAGUUUCUCAAUACUUUGUUAUAUACCCUUUGUGGGCAAUGACACAGGUCAAAAGUUUUCUGUAAGUCUUCACAAGGUUUUCACACACUGUUGCUGGUAUUUUGGCCCAUUCCUCCAUGCAGAUCUCCUCUAGAGCAGUGAUGUUUUGGGGCUGUCGCUGGGCAACACGGACUUUCAACUCCCUCCAAAGAUUUUCUAUGGGGUUGAGAUCUGGAGACUGGCUAGGCCACUCCAGGACCUUGAAAUGCUUCUUAUGAUGCCACUCCUUCGUUGCCCGGGCGGUGUGUUUGGGAUCAUUGUCAUGCUGAAAGACCCAGCCACGUUUCAUCUUCAAUGCCCUUGCUGAUGGAAGGAGGUUUUCACUCAAAAUCUCACGAUACAUGGCCCCAUUCAUUCUUUCCUUCACACGGAUCAGUCGUCCUGGUCCCUUUGCAGAAAAACAGCCCCAAAGCAUGAUGUUUCCACCCCCAUGCUUCACAGUAGGUAUGGUGUUCUUUGGAUGCAACUCAUCAUUCUUUGUCCUCCAAACAUGACGAGUUGAGUUUUUACCAAAAAGUUAUAUUUUGGUUUCAUCUGACCAUAUGACAUUCUCCUCUUCUGGAUCAUCCAAAUGCACUCUAGCAAACUUCAGAUGGGCCUGGACAUGUACUGGCUUAAGCAGGGGGACACGUCUUGCACUGCAGGAUUUGAGUCCCUGGCGGUGUAGUGUGUUACUGAUGGUAGGCUUUGUUACUUUGGUCCCAGCUCUCUGCAGGUAAUUCACUAGGUCCCCCCGUGUGGUUCUGGGAUUUUUGCUCACCAUUCUUGUGAUCAUUUUGACCCCACGGGGUGAGAUCUUGCGUGGAGCCCCAGAUCGAGGGAGAUUAUCUGUGGUCUUGUAUGUCUUCCAUUUCCUAAUAAUUGCUCCUACAGUUGAUUUCUUCAAACCAAGCUGCUUACCUAUUGCAGAUUUAGUCUUCCCAGCCUGGUGCAGGUCUACCAUUUUGUUUCUGGUGUCCUUUGACAGCUCUUUGGUCUUGGCCAUAGUGGAGUUUGGAGUGUGACUGUUUGAGGUUGUGGACAGGUGUCUUUUAUACUGAUAACAAGUUCAAACAGGUGCCAUUAAUAUAGGUAACGAGUGGAGGACAGAGGAGCCUCUUAAAGAAUAAGUUACAGGUCUGUGAGAGCCAGAAAUCUUGCUUGUUUGUAGGUGACCAAAUACUUAUUUUCCACCAUAAUUUGCAAAUAAAUUCAUAAAAAUCCUACAAUGUGAUUUUCUGGAUUUUUUUUCCUCAAUUUGUCUGUCAUAGUCUUUUUAAGUGGGAGAACUUGCACAAUUGGUGGUUGACUAAAUACUUUUUUUCCCCACUGUACAGCAUGUUUGUCUAUGAUGCUAGACAACAUCUGGAGAGCAUUGGUGUGAAAAUGCAAUAAACCUCUCAAUUACCUAAAUUACCUCAUUGCUAGCUCAGUAAAUGCUUUCCAAUUGCUCCCUCAAGUGCCGCUUCUGGCAACAGACCAAACCUAUGUGCCAGCCACUAUACCAGCCACUCUUCCAGCCAGUAUGUCAAACAGUGUGCCAGUCUCUGCCAGUCCCGACCAGACAGACAGUCCAUCCUUAACCACAGUGAACUCGCCCCCAAUGGAGGUAAAGCCCCCCACAACCACAGUGAGAGCGCAGCUGAACGGUAAGUACCCUGAAACACCAGAGGACUGACCUCUCACCGUUACACUACAUGAGCUUUAACACCUCAAAUAAUACUUUUUUCUCCAAAUGUCUUCUGAUAUUGUUCAGGGAUCUAAACGUGUGAAUAUUGGUUAGACUAUUCUUGAAAUACAUCCACUUUGGACAUAUCGAUGGUCACAUGGAUUUUCUGUGACUUUUAGUACAUUUUACAAACGUUUGAGACUAUAAGAAUAGCAAAGCAAACCUUGGUUAUGAUACCAUACAACGUCAUAACUGACUAGCACUUUUACAUUGAUGUAAUAAUAGAAAUGUUGAUCGUUGUGCUUCGUCCGUGUCAACAAAUGAGAGCAAUAAAUGACGGGAUACAAAUGAUGAACUGAGCACAGUGUUGUAGUAGUGUUUGUGAUCUUACUCCUACUAAAACACUUUGUCCGACGCAUUAUCUGUGUCUGUAAACCAUCUGUUUUAAACCGUCUUGCCUGUAAGCAAAACUGAGAGCAGGGGUUAACAGCAGAUUAAACUGGUUUAAUGGGAACAAUCAAGUGGCACACUGGGUCCUUGAAACAGACGUGUAAGAGAGACAUGCAGGAGAAACAAAACAUCUUCAUUGUUUGGCAGACGAAACCCAAAGAAGCUUGUAGACUGUCAUAUUUACCCCCAUUAACCCCUCCCAGUGUGAAUCAGGACUGCCUGAGGCCAUAGAGUGCCUUACUCUCCCAAGAGGUUGCACUGGGGUAAAGAGAUUAAACAUGAUUACUGGGCUAAAGUAGUCCUGAAGGCAAUGUAUGGUAUAAGGGCCAUGAUGCUGACCACUUAACAUCUCCAUGUGCUAGGCUACUUACACUUUAGGGAUCCCUGUCUGUUCUAAUACUGCCAAGGGGAGUAUUAGAACAUAACCUUGCUGUUGUAUUCACUGUACAAAUGCUACAUUGUAACCCCCACCUAUAAAGAGACAUUGAAUGUGGGAAUGAAUAGGGGUGUUGGAAUGCAUACUUUGAGAGGACCAAUGAUAAAAAGGUAACUCAUGAUAUCAUUCCAUGCUGCUUUUUUGUCUAUAUUGACAGAGACAUUUGGCAAAAGGUGAGAAGUUGUCCAAGUGUUUUCUACUCUCUUGUUUGGAAGAUAAAAUACCCAGCAGGCUCACUAUCCCUCAGGAUCUGGCAGCAUGUUGAGUUUAUCCCAGGGCUUUCCAGAACACAGAUUAAACUGCCUACUUUGAUUCCCUAAGGAAUGUUUGAUUGGAAAAGGAAUGCAACAGAACAUUUCAUAUCACCUGCAAUAGAAUGGCACCAACAUGCUUUGUGGCAUUUUACUUUUGAAUCAAAUGGUCAUUCUGUUUGUUGCCCUCUUACCACCUUCCUCCUGCCUAGCAAGGGUCUGAUGAUAUCCACUGUUCACAAGGAAAGUGCUGCCACUGGACACAAUCAGCAGCCAGGAGCGAUAAAUCAUUAAAAACGCUAUCAUUGUGUAGCAUCAUCUCUUUCUGGAGCACAGGGUCGAGCCAGCAAUAUUGUGCUGGGUGCCAAAGCUCAAGCCUUUCUGAUCUAUUUCUGAAUACCAAUUGAAUGAACAGCUGCUAAAUAUUUCACAAGCAGGGAGAAGACAGGUCGUGGUAAGGGAGAGCAAACCAGGCAAGUUACGGAGCCUGUGGAGAUAGAUACAGUAGAUAGAUACAUGAAACCAUAACAGGAUGGAGGCACAGAGCCCUGUCCUUGAGGUGUAGCCACAGGGCAUAUGCAGGGGAUGUGAUGAUAUCAGGGCAUGGGUUAUCCCAUUUUUACUGAUACUGACUGAAAUAGGGAAAAGUUGAAUGCUGUAAAUAUCACAAGACAAUGCCAGCCAGCCAACAUCAAAAUAUUAUAAAUAUAAGGGUGCAGUGGUUAGUAUGCCAUCUUAACAACUGAUUGGUGUGAUUUUUCUGUACACAAUUGCAGUUACUCAAUCAUCUGAUGCAGCUGAUGCCACAUCUGAUUCAGUCACACCAUCUUCUGAUGCAACCACUCCAACAUCAGUUGGAUUUACUCUCACACCUGACAGCACAAUGACAACUUCUUACACAGUGACUUCUGACACCAGUACCACAGCUUCUGACACCAGUACUACAGCAUCUGAUACAAGUACUACAACAUCUGACACAAGUACUACAACAUCUGACACAAGUACUACAUUUUACACAAGUACUACAUCUGAAACAAGUACUACAGCAUCUGACACAAGUACUACAACAUCUGACACAAGUACUACAGCAUCUGAAACAAGUACUACAGCAUCUGACACAAGUACUAUAACAUCUGACACAAGUUCUACAAUAUUUGACACAAGUACUACACUAUUUGACAUUAGUAGUACACCUUCUGCCACCAGUACUACAACAUUUGACAUAAGUACCACAACAUUUGACACAAGUAUAUCAACAUUUGACACAACUACCGCAGUAUCAGACACAAGUAUCACAACAUUUUACACAAGUACUACAUUUCUAACAAGUAUUACAACAACUGACACAAGUACUAUAUCUGACACAAGUACUAUAAUAUUUGACACAAUGACUCCAACAUCUGACAUAUUUACCACAACAUCUGGCACUAUUACUUCAGCAUCUGAUGUAUUCACUUCGACAUCUGGUGUGCCCUUUCUGGCAUCGGACACAGUUACUCCAGCAUCUGAUGUAGUAACACCACCAACAGAUGGAUUUACCUCACCCCCUGAUGCUACAUUUAUUCCAGCAUCUGAGGGAGAUACACCCGCCUCUAACGUGGCUACUUCAGUAUCUGACGGACUGACCUCACCACCUGAUGAAGCUACUUCAACACCUCAAGCAGUUCCUCCACCUCCCGACACAGUUUCCUCAGCACCUGAUCCUUUUUCCCGUGCACUGGAUGGAGAUAUCACCCAAGCUCCAGACAAAUCUACUCCAGCACCUGAUGCUGCUCCCCUAGCUGCUGAUACACUUGCAUCAGUGCCUGAGGCAGCUGCUCCAUCCCCCGACACAGAUACCUCAACAUCUGAUGCUGCUACCCAGGCACCUGAUGUAGUUACUACAGCUCCAGACACAUCUUCAGCAGCUCCUGAUCCUGCUACCCCAUCUCCUGACACAGGUGAUCCAGCUCCUGAUGCUGGACCAGCUCCUGAGGCUGUUGAUCCAUCUCCUGAUGCAGGACAAGCUCCUGUGGCUGUUGAACCAGCUCCUGAUGCAGGACCAGCUCCUGAGGCUGUUGAUCCAGCUCCUGAUGCAGGAACAGCUCCUGCUGCAGGACCAGCUCCUGAUUCAGUUGAUCCAGCUGCUGAUGUUGGACCAGCUCCUGAUUCAGUUGAUCCAGCUGCUGAUGUUGGACCAGCUCCUGAUUCAGUUGAUCCAGCUCCUGAUUCAGUUGAUCCAGCUCCUGAUUCAGUUGAUUCAUUUCCUGAUACAGUUGAUCCAGCUCCUGAUGAUGCUGUUGAUCCAGCCCCUGAUGCAGGACCUGCCCCUGAUGUAGUUGAUCCAGCUUCUGAUGCAGUUGAUCCAGCUUCUGAUGCAGUUGAUCCAGCUUCUGAUGCAGUUGAUCCAGCUCUUGAUUCAGUUGAUUCAGCUCCUGAUUCAGGACCAGCUCCUGAUGCUGCCGCUCCAAUGCCUGAUGCUGGGGGCAGUGAGAAAGUGGAAAUUAAAGAAGAAAAGGUUAAAGAGGAAAAAGGUACAUUGUGAUAUAGCAACAAUACCCUUUUAUUUUUCCAUGUUCAAGUUUAUGCAUAUUCCAUCAGUAAACUAUGGUAAAACUGCAAAUAUUGAAGGAACCAUCCCACUGGGCACAGACGUAAUUUCAACGUCUAGUUUUGAUUUAAAUUUGGUUGAGUUGUCAAAUAAUGUGAAUUCAACGUGAAAUUGAAAUAAACGACACAUUUCACCAUGUCAUUGGAUUUAGAUUCAAAGUUGGGUGAAGAAAAUAUGAAAUUCCCCUACGUUGAUGAGUUUUUGCAAAACCAAUCAGUUUUCCAUAUUGAUUCAGCAACAUGACAUUUAAUAUUUUUGCUAAAAUGACGUGGAACCAACGUUGAUUUAACCAGUUUUUGCCCAGUGGUAUAUUUAGAAUUCAUAAUGUUAACCUCUAAUAUACAGUUGUGUAUGCAGUCUAUAUGCUGCUAAUAGGGUCAUGUCAGUAAGGUUUUAUGACCUUCAUACGAGGUGUUGCCUUAAUUGCUUCGUCAAAUGGUUGAGACAAUAUCUAAGGGUUCAUUCAACAUGAAUAAAGAAUGAGUAAAAAGUUUGAAGUUGCUAUUUUUCUGAUCUCUCAAUCUCUCUGGUGUACACAGUUACCCCCAUAACUGAAACCAAAGGGGAAAGCAAAGAGGAAGAGAAAAUGAAAGAAAAAAAAAACGAUUUUGAAAUGAAAGACUAUGAGAAAAAAGGUAUAUUGAUUAACAGUAGUCUAGUAGUAUUUAUAUUGUAUGUUGUGUGUGCUACAAAAGAUAGUUGUGUCAGAUUUAAAAAAUAGUUUAGUGUGAUCCAACAACUCAACUCUGUUAUUGAAGCAGAUGGCGAGCUGUGAAACUCGCUCCUCAGCCUGAAGUGUCUCCACUUGCGCUGCUGAACAGCUAGCUUUCUGGUGGCGCGAACUGGGUAAGACACUUCAGAAGGGUAGUCAUGUGUGUUUGCGAGGCAGAGGUCCUGGGUUUGAGCCUUGAUAUGAGCUGAAUCAGGAGGAAGCGGUGCUCGUUAAGCAAGCAGCAUGACGUCCUUUACAAUGGUGCCAAAUAACUCGCAUCUGCAGUUGCGCUCAGCUCUAUGCUGGGGUCACUGUGGAGGGAGUUUGGGGGGUGAAGGUAGCAGAUUGGGCUCUGUGAAACUCAAACCUCAGCCUGAAGUGUGUCCACUCGCGCUGCCAAACAGCUAGUUGGGUAAGAUGCUUCAGGAGGGCGGCCAUGUUUGUUUGCAAGGCAGAGGUCCUGGGUUCGAGCCUGAAUCAGGAGGAAGUGGUACUCACUAGGCAAGCAGCGUGAUGUCCUUUACAUUCGCAUUUCAAUGUGUAGUGGUGUCGGUAACCAUCCAUGUUGAAUUUCCUGAACUCACUCAAUGGGGUUGAAGUUGGAGUGUUAGUCGCCUGGUUGCUAUAGGAAAACAUCCGCACUGGGGGUCAGAGUGCAAAUAGAUAAUUGAUGGACAAAAUAGGAGCGGAAAAGCAUUGAGACAUUUUUGGAUGAGCCCGUGUCCCAGUAGGAUACCUGAUCCAUGAUUUCAUGAGGCUAUUGACUCAAAGCACCAGGCUGCUAACAAGCAUUAGGAGUAGUCUGUGUGUUUGUCAAACCUAGAGCAGCUAAUGUAUUUUUGUUGUUGACAAGGAUCCUGUGGUACAGAAUAUGCCACAUAGUAUUGUGUGAGUGAUUCUGUCACCACUCAGACUCCACUCAUCAGCUGUAGCUGAACCAGUAUUGAAAACUGCAAAUCUUUGCUAUGGACUGUGAUUACUAUCACUUCAGGGUUGUGUUCACUAGGCACUAAACGGAAAAAAAUGUUUAAAAAAAACAUUGUUGCGUUACCUAAUAAACACAACCCAGGUAGGCAUUUUACUGCUGGUGAGAUGGAUUGUCUGAUUGGGACUGAGAUGUUGUUCUGGUAGAGGAGUGAAUAUCUAUACUUUUUGUGAAUUACUAAACGUUGUAGUAAUACACAAUACUGUGUGUUAAUGUGUAGAUUUCCAUGGCUGAUAACUAUUUAUGUGUGAGGUCUUUAUCUGUGAAUCAUGCAAGAUGUCUGAGCAGUUGGCACCCUAUUGUGUUUCAGGGUUCCUUUGGCAUCAAUUUUAUAUUUUAAUAGCCAUGAUAUUUCAGACACUGUGAAGUAGAGGCUUGUACACAUUGCAUGUUAGAACUAUCUAUAAUACAGUUAAAUAGAUGCUUUAUUUCCCAAGCGGUCGUAAAACUGUUGAUUCCUGGUGGGUCCAAAUACAGGCAGUCUAAGGUUGCAUACGUCCAAUUUCAAGGUAAGAAAUGAUUUACCACACUGAAGCUUUGAAUCUGUUUCGACUAGAGAACUGUGGGAAAAGGACCAAAGUUUGUCGAGUGUUUUUCCUUCAUUAAUUUGUCUUUUGUUUUUUUCCAUGUGUUUUUAUUUUUCACGUUUGGGUUUUGUUUGCUUCAUAAGGUAAGCAACUUAUUUCCCCUUCAUUUAUAGAAAUACUGUCGUUACCUUUUAUUGUGAACUUGUAAUGAAAUCUCAGAACCUAUAGGGUCUGUGUCUCGACUGAUUUUACAGUAUCAUUUGUGUGGAUGACUGUUUUAACUGUGGAUUCAUUUGUGAGAUAGUGUCCAUUCUUUCAACAAUCUGUAGGGUAAUUGGCCCAUUCAUAUUUGAUAAGCGUUCUUGUCCCCGUCCCAGUCCUCUACUCUGUGGCACAGCAGGUCUUCAUAUGUCACCAGCAGCAUCUUUAAAAUACUGUGUCAAUAAUGAAUCCCCUCUAAAAAAAGAGAUGUAACACAAUGCCUGAUUAAACAACUAAACUAUAAUCAUCUAAAUCGUCUUGUAAAUUAGCAUUAAAAACAAUUGUAUUCAGAUUCUUGUAGUAUAAUGGAACACACUCCUAAAGCAUAAUAAGCUCCAUUAUGACAUCCAAAUAAAAAAAGCAAUUUUAAUUAGCUGUAAAUCAAUUAAUCAAUUGAUCAAGAAUGUAAUGCAAACUAAAUUGACAUUUGGUGUAUUUGCUCUACCAUUAAUUACUUUUUACCUCUUGGUAAAUCAAUGUGCAGUACUCAGAGGCCUGAUCGUUAGCUGGUUGAAUAAUGCAGAUAUGGGCUUAUUGAGGUCAAGUGAUUUCCUAUUGGUCGACAAAGUCAGGAACUGGUUUAUGAACUCUGCAUACUCCAGGUCUAUGGAUCCUGCUAUGUCUUGCCUAUUUGGCUUUUGUAUGAUGAGCGACACUCAAAGAGAUGUGGUGUACCUAAAUCUCUUUGAGUGCUACCUCUGAGUUUGAAAAGGACUCCAUUCCUCCUCCUCUUCCUCUUCCUCAUCCUCCAAUUCCCUGUACUAACCCUACUCUGCUCUUUUCCCUCUGUCAGACUGCGAGUGCUAUGGCCACUCGAACCGCUGCAGUUAUAUUGACUUUAUCAACAUCGUGACUUGUGUCAGCUGCAAACACAACACUAGGGGGCAGAACUGUCAGCACUGUCGACUGGGAUACUUCCGGAAUGUCUCUGCCGAGCUGGACGAUGAGAACGUUUGCACAGGUCAGUUAGGAUCUCUCCUCACUGUCUCACCACACAAACUCCACCCUAAACGCACUCACUAUAAACAACUAUGAAGAGUUUAUCCAUCACUGACAUGUCCACACAUACAGCAUUUUACCGUCGACUUUCUCCAUGUACAUUACACAAUGAUAAGCACAGUGGAAAAUGUUUGAUAAAGACAUUGAUCAAGGCAUAACAAGACAGAUUAUAAUUGUGUAUUGCCUUCAAUCCCUACGAAUUACCUGCAAAUCUCUGUUAUGUGUCUCCUGUAUGACCCCUUUUAGCUCAACAGGAUUAAAGCAUGAUCCUUUGACCAUACUAACAGCUAAAGAGAAUCAUCAUAGCUAGCUGAUAAUUUAUUUAGAAAUGGUUUAAAAACAUAAACAUUCAUACCAUAGCAGCCUUUAUAAAAUUACAAUUACAUCUGCAAGAUCUAAAUUAAUCAGCCUACAAAGUUUGUAAAGCAGCACAUGUAACACUUUACAUUAAGGUGCCCUUUCUAAAGAGGUCAAGUGUAAAGGGUAGGUUAAGUGUACUUUUACAGAUCUUUUGCUAUCUAUAUUAGAAUUGUGUUUGGUGGUGCCCAUACAUCCUAUUCCACUCCCCAUGUAUCAUUGGGUAAGGUGAAAAAAUAACUGUACACCUAAAGAAUACAGCCAGUGCCAAAAUGUCAUUUAACAAUCAACAAUUUUAAACAACAUGCAACAUUCAGGUGCAUUUAUAAACUAUUUAUUUGGAAAGCAAGAAAAUGACAAUUUCACAAUUUUAACCAAUGGGUUUUAAUAGUUUAUUACUGAUUUUUAUGUACAUUUAUAAUAAAUAGUCAAACUUUUUUAAACCCAUUAUUAUGUUUACUUUAAAGUAAUAUCAGAGCCAUUCAUCAAUGUAGUAACAAAUAGCACUACACAUACUAUUGCACUACCACAGCACAGUACUGAGCAGGAAUGACACAAUGGCAUACUGACACCUACUGGAGGCUCACUCACACACAACUGGGUUGUGUUCAUUUGGACAUGCAACAGACAAUGUUUUGCAACAAAAACAAAAAUCAACGUUUCUUCUGUUCGGUGCCAAAUGAACACAACCCUGUCAUACCGGUUUCCACUUAGGCAAAACGUACAUUUUUCUCAAUAAUUAAACAAUGACGUCAGCUGAGCUCUUAAAACACACAUUUUAUCCAAAUAAGUUUGUCACAGAAUUCAGUGCCAGUGUUAUAAGAUACAGCUGUGAAGUGGGCCUAAAGUCUUCAGGCAGAGAACAAGACAUGUACUAGAGAACAUGGCUUGAAGCAGGUAUUACAGAGAAAUAGUAAAGCAACGCCUCAGACUGUCAUAGUUUCCUCAGGCUGAGAGAGAUGCCUUAGGGAACAAGUAAAAACUGACAACGCCUACAUUGUUCCUUCAUGUAAAGAGAUUAAAUGUUCAUAGAAUCGUCAGUAUCAAACCAAUAGCCUACCACUGACCUGUUUAUGUAGGUACAUGUGACCAGGGCUAGUGAAACUGCUAUUUCAACUAGAUUGAUGAGCAGUGAUCUUAGAUAUACUUUAUUUCUACCCUCACUAAAGCAGCAAUGUGUUGUUAAUCCCUUUGUGCAGAGUGUAAUUGUAACCAGCUGGGAUCCUUCCAUGCUCGCUGCAACGACACAGGGUUCUGCCAGUGUAGAGAUGGCUCCACUGGGCCAAAGUGUGAGGACUGCCUGUCUGGAUACAGCUGGAGACAAGGCUGCUCCCGUAAGUAGGGGUGUGUGGGUGUGUGAAGGCGAAGUUAAAUGAAAGGUAAUGUUAAGAACAGUAGCCUAAAGUUGAGCAGUUUGCCAAUUGAAUGAUAAUCAAUGCACAGUGAGCUCUAUGACUCCUUCGCAAGGUCGUGUAACAAUCUGGCAAGCUUUACCGUAUAAUCAGUCAUUCAACAGAAAAUGUAAACCGUACAGGUAAGGUCAGAACAGGUGUCUUGAUAAUGUACUGUACCCGUUGCCAAAACCACUUUUCUCAGGGUGUCCUGUACUGUUUCUAGGCUUGAGGCAUUCAGUGGUCACACUGAUCCUAUUCACUUUGUUUCCUCCCCCCUUUUUCUCCAUCUCCUCCCUGUCUCCUCUCGUAGCCAAUGUCUGCGAUGAUGAGUUCCUGCUGUGCCAGAAUGGAGGCACCUGCUUCCAGAACCAGAAGUGUCUGUGUCUGCCGGAGUACAAGGGCGUGCUGUGUGAGCAGCUGCUCUGCGAGGGAGAGAGGGGCUGCAGCGGUGCCUCUGCCUCCUACGUCAGCCUGGCCGCCUUGCUGAGCUGCCUUCUAGCCAACGCCCUGCUUAGAGCAGUCACUGCUUGC